GACCAGACACGCGGUUAACGAGCCCUACAGCAUCUUUUCCCGUCGCAUGAAGAUAUGGAUCACCAUCAUGGCAACCGUGGCCAGUGUGGUGUCUCCAAUGACUGCACACAUCUACUUUCCGGCACUGGAUGCCAUAGCCGAAGAGCUCAACGUCACCAUUUCGCUCAUCAACCUCACCUUGACAUCCUACAUGAUCUUCCAGGGCAUCUCGCCAACGAUAUUUGGUGAUUUUGGCGACAUGGCCGGCCGUCGACCCGCUUUUAUCGUGGCCUUCGUCAUCUACCUUUUUGCCAACAUUGGCCUCGCCGUGCAACGCGACUACGCAGCCCUCCUUGUAUUGCGAUGCCUCCAGUCAGCUGGAAGCAGUGGUACCCUUGCUCUCUCGUACGCCGUCGUUGCGGACAUCACGCCAACCGCCGAGAGGGGGAAGUACAUGGGCUUUGUCAGUGUCGGAAUCAACAUAGGGCCGGCCAUUGGUCCGGUGAUAGGGGGGUUGUUGACUCAAUACCUGGGGUGGCCAUCUAUUUUCUGGUUCUGUGCCAUCUUCGUUGCGGUAUGGCUGAUUCCAUGGGUUGCCACGAUUCCCGAGAUGUGUCGAAACGUCGUUGGAAAUGGGACUAUUCCACCCCAAUCAUGGAACAUCACCUUGGUCGAGUUUCUGAAGAGAAGGAAAUCGGGCGAGAAACCAGAACCUGGGCCCAAGAGAAAGAUGCGGAUUCCCAAUCCCCUUGGCACUUUACUCAUCACUUUCGACAAGCAGAUGAGUCAGAUCCUACUUAUUGCAGCCAUCAUUUACUGCAAUUUCAUUCUCGUGGCGGCUACUCUGUCGACGCUGUUCACAGAAAUAUACAACUACAACGAGUUGGAGGUCGGGCUAUGCUUCCUGCCAUACGGCCUCGGAUGCUGCUUAACCGUUGUUCUGCAAGGAUAUGUGGUGGACUGGAACUACCGCCGCAUUGCAAAGAAGUUGGGAGUCGAUCCGAGCCAUGGGCGGAGAAACGAAAUCGGCGAUUUCCCAAUAGAAUCGGCACGCAUUCAGCCAAUCUACCCUUCUUUACUAGCAGGCGCUGCUGCCGUCAUUGGCUAUGGCUGGGCUUUGCAAGCGGAGACGAGCGUGGCCGUGCCACUCGUCCUUAUAUUCGCCAUUGGCAUGCUAGUUCCAAGCACUUUCAGCAUUCUCAACACACUUAUUGUUGAUUUAUACCCCGGCUCACCGGCCACAGCCGCAGCGGCCAACAAUCUCGUCCGCUGUUUGUUUGGAGCCGGGGCCACUGCCGUUGUGGAUUACAUGAUUGAUGCCAUGGGCCGAGGCUGGUGCUUUACGUUCCUAGCACUACUCAUGGUAGCAUGCCUGCCUUGGCUUAGAUUUAUAGAGAAGCGAGGUCCUCGUUGGAGGGCUGAAAAGUUGCAGAGGAAAAACAGCACUGACAGUGAACGAGAAGCAGAGUCAGGGGCGGCAGAGACCCAAUGAGGCGAUGUCCUUUAUGACGACAUGAUUUUUUAUUUAUUUAUUUUUAUUUUUUG